ACCCUCCCUCUAAGUCCGUCACUCGCACCCAUUCUCGUUCAUUCGUUCUCUCAAACAGAUGACAUACGCGCACAUUCACGAUGCCAACCAUUGAAGAAGAACCGGAACCUACUCAUCAGUUCAAACCAACCAGCCGCUUCGAUUCCGAUUUGCCCUCCUCACGGGGAUCCAACGACAAGAAGCCAACUCGACAACGCCAAACGGACAUCCCGUUUCGUGGGGUCCGUAAAAGGAGCUGGGGCAGCUACGUCUCGGAGAUACGGUUGCCCGGACAAAAGACUCGUAUCUGGUUAGGGUCAUUCGGGUCACCGGAGAUGGCAGCUCGAGCUCACGACUCGGCCGCCUUCUUCUUGAAAGGAAACUCGGCGUGUCUGAACUUUCCGGACUUGGCAGAAUGGUUGCCUCGGCCCGAGUCGUGUUCGAGAAGAGAUAUACAAUCUGCGGCCGCUAAAGCGGCUCUUUUUAAGGUUGCGGAAGAUCCUUCUAAGAUGGCCCAAGCUGAACCAGAAAUCUCGGGUUCAGAAGACUUUUGGUGCGAGUUUGAUGUUGAUGUUGAUUUUGACUUGGGUAAGACGUCGUUUGUAGAAGUGAAAGAAGCUCCUCUGCUAACUCCACUCGGGUUUGACGACGCAGUAAAAGAGUCGGUACAAGCCAUGGACGAUGAGCUUUUACUGGCAUCCUCUUUCCAAAUGCAUGUUUAUGAAAAUAAAAUAGAAUAAAAAAUAACUGUUUAUAAAUU